CUCCGCCACCCCCACCCGCCGGCCAGGGCUCCCGUUCCGGGGAGGACUCGCCAGUGGAUUGGGCUGACUGUGAGCACAGGCGGGAAGAGCCUGCGGCCAGUGACUCAGGCCUGGCUGGGGCUUUUUUCACCUGAGACACAAAUGCGGCGCCCUGAUGUCUUGGGGCUCUGACCAGGUCCCCAGCGCUGCCCCUCACUUCAACCCCCAAGAGUGUCCCUCUGCUCGCAGGUUCCUGGUCACCUGCCAACGUGGAGGGUUGCCUGGGGCCCAGAGCUGGGUGGCCACGCCCAUCCCAGCGAGCCCGCCCUCAGGCCCUGUGAGCGGGCAGCAAGGAGCCCGCAGGUUGGGGGCUGCAGGUGUGGGCGCUCCUGCCCAGUAAGACACGUCUCACCCGCCAGUGUCCAGUGCGCUUCCAGCCAGAUGACGUCACCAGGGCAGGGCCGGGCCGGGCAGGUCCCUGGGGCCAGGGUGCUGGGCGGGCCGGCAUUCAGGCGGCAGUUCCCUCGGGAGCCAGUGGUUCUGGGCAAACAGGUGGCUGUGGCUUCAUUAGGAAACGAGGGUGUUGAGGCCAGAGGAUGAUCGCAUGACCCCCCUGCAGCCAGCUGUACUCGGCACUAACAAGCUCCACGCGGCUGUUCCACACACGCGCCCGGCCUGCCCGUGUGCGGGCUCCCACCUUCUCCACCGCGAGACCUUCCAACUGGGCAUCGCUGGGCGGGGCGGCCCCCUAAGCUGGGCUUGACUCACCCCACCUCCCUCUCCCUCUGGGCUGGGGGUGCAGAGCCCACAAGGCCCUGCCCAUUCUGGCCCUCAGCUCAGUUGUUUUCCCACUCUGUUUCCAUGGUGAUAGUCACCCCCAUUUCGUGCUGUGCAUCCUGCAGUUUACCUGCUGCUAAAGGACUGGGGACCUGGCUCCUUGGUAUCUUCCCAUGCCCUUUUCUGGGGUCACAAAAGGCAAACAGCUCAGCAGCCCCACCCGCCAGGCGAGGGUCCAGGGGGCCUUGCAGGGGUGGAGGCUGCAGGAGGCCCGUGGGCCCAGCCCGGGGUGCACAGGCCUCCCCCAGGACCUUCCUCGGUCCCAGCAGCUCUGGCGGCUCUGCCUGCCCUCAGCAGGCCCCCCACCAGGCCUGCAGCCUCACCUUCGGGUCCUGACCCAGCCCGGGAGCAACACCGGGCCCUGUCUCUUCCUGGCCGCCUCAUCCACGGCAGUAGAUGAAGGUCUGGGGGGGCACCCUCUCCCCAAUUUCUGGGAUUCCUUUUAGGUGGCCCUAGAGGCCACCCUGCGAGGAUGGUCAGGAAGAACGGGCACAGCCCAGGAGGAAGGCAGGUGGCCUGGCUGUCUGGGACCCGCAGGCCAGGCCUCCUUUCAUUCAGAGCCCGGACUCGGUCCGAGCUGCGGCUGUGUGCCUGCCCCUCGCUCUCGCCUGGGUGGUGGUCUCAUGAGCAGGCACUUUUUUACCCAGUGGCGUCGUUUAUGCUGACAGAUGCCGGAGGGGCCGCUCGCGGAGGGUGGGGCAGCGGGGCCUGUGCUCUGUGUCCCCUGCACCAGCCUCACUUGGAGCAAGGCUGCGCCACCCCUGCCCCGAGGCGGGACUCGCCAGAUGCUGAGAAGGCGCUUAUUCUCGCUAAGUGCUGUUUUGGCACCGCUGUUAAUUGCAAUUUAUAUUCUGCAGCAUUUGACGAGGGAAAGGAACCCACCCUAAUGGCCCCCGAUCGGCAGGGCCGGGCUGUUAAGCAGCGGACCAUAUGCUGCCUGGUCAGCACCGGCGUGUGUGCGUGCGUGUCUGCGUACACCUGUACUGUAGUCCACAGUGACGUGUGCAUGGCGUGUGCGUGCAUAUGUGUCCCCAGCUCUGUGUAUGAUCAAGUGUCUGCAUAUGUGCACACUCGUGUGCAGGGUAUGUGUGUGAGAGCCCGAUGGGGUGGGAGGAGAGGGAUGGAGGAAGGCGGGUCUGGCAUUUAUGCCUUUGUUAAAGGGAGACCCACCCCAAGACCACCUCCUGCCACAGGCCUGCAGGCGCUCCCGAGGCAGCUGGAGCCUGAGGGACACAGAGACCCGCCCCUCCCUGCUCUGGGGCUUUCUCCUCUUCACCUGUCAGUGUCUGUCCCAGCUCCAGGAGGCCAACACCUCUCAGCUGCCCUCCCGAGGGCAGGAGGGGCGGGCCCAGGGCCUCUGCUCCAGGCCUCGGAGGGUCAGGGGGCGCCCUGGCUGGGGAGGCGCAGCUCGGCAGGCUGGACGCCAGGGCCACACCCCCUUAAUCACGAGGGGACGGAGAGGAGGCCCGGGCUGAAAGGCGGGAGGAGUGGGCCACGGGGUCUGAACCAGUGCAUUGGCCCUGAUCGUCCCACGCCCUGGAGUCCAGGCCCGGAGGCCCUGCCCUGAUGGCCCCCUCGGGGCCUCAUGGUGCUGGGGCAGCGCAGCCUCCCUCUGCCCUUUGCCUCGCUAUUGGCUCCUUUAGGAUUUGAGAUUUGCUGAGACCUUGUAAGGAAAUAAGUUACUGGGUGAGGGAGCCUGGCCGUUGGCAGGGUUCCAGUGGUUUCAGCCUAAAAAGUGAGGUGAGGGAGCCGUGGGUGGGGACGUGAGCACCCACAGUUCUCAUGGCCUCGCCCGAGUCCUACAGGAAAGGGACAGGACUGUGAGGGAGGGCCCGGGGCCCCUCCGAUGGUCACCAGUCCCAUUUGCGUUGGGGAUGCAGGAUUCUAACUAGAAGUGUCGGGUCCACUGGGUGCGAUGAACAAAUAACCCCCAGACAUUUAAAAACAAAACAACUGUGGGUCUGACACAGGCCACAGUGUCCUCGAAACGAUCCACCUCCCAAGGCUCUUUCUAAACCUCUCAAGUGUGGGGCUUGGUGACAGUCACAGGGCAGGGCCCCUGCGGUGCUCCCCCAGGCCCCGUGGACCUGGGGACACGGUGGCCACGGGCUGCUCGCCUGCCACGCUUGGUCACGGAGCUGAGGCCAGGGCCUGGCUAGUGGGUCAGAGGGAGGGGUGCUGCUGUGCUGACCCUGCCACGUCCUUAACGGGGAGCCGAGGCUCCUGCUGUGCUCACCUGCGGGCAGUGCAUCCCCACAGGUGGGUGCCCAUCCGCACAGGUGGGUGCCCAUCCGCACAGGUGGGUGUGCACGCAACACGUGACGCCUUGCAGGCCUCGGGCAUUGACAGCCCUGGCACCAGCCGCGCCUCCGACCACUGCCCAUCAGAGUGUGACUCUGACCAGAAACAGUUGAGCCCAGUGAGUUCCUAAGGGGCUGGGUUAGCUGCGGGGGUCCCACGGUUUGUGUGUGACCAGGUGCUAAGUGACUGACUAUGUGUCACCUGCCUUUCGAUGCCAGACCGUGUCCUCUGGUGAUGCCGCUCCUGAGUUUGUGUUUAAACUACACUUUGGUACCUUCAUGUACAUUUGUGGCAUGUGGAGUCUCAAAUAAAGUGGACUUGACUUUGAGAACCA